AUAGUAACUGCUUGUCUCUCUCCCAUUCUUUCUUUUUGUAAGGCUCAGUGGCCUGUCCCCAUUCCUGGGAGAAACUGAUGCAGAGACAAUGAAUUAUGUAGUCAAUUGCAACUGGGAUUUUGAUGCAGAAGCAUUUGAACAGCUAUCAGAGGAAGCUAAAGACUUUAUUUCCAGAUUACUCGUGAAGGAGAAAAGCUACCGGAUGAGUGCAACACAGUGCCUGAAGCACGAGUGGUUGAACAACCUGCCCGCCAAAGCCAAGAAGUUCAAGCUUCGCCUGAAGUCCCAGUUGUUGCUGCAGAGUUACAUGGCUCACAGAAAAUGGAAGAAACAUUUUUAUGUGGUGGCUGCUGCUAACAGGUUGAAGAGAUUCCAGAGUAUGUCUGUCAAGCUUGCAUAGGCUUGUAUGAAGCAUCUCUUGGAGAUGGACAUCAAGCCAUGGAAGAAGGAUUCAAUGUCUUCAAUAAUGUCUACCCUUUUGUUUUAUAACAUAAGUUUUGGGUCUGUCCUCAAAUAUUAUGUGUGUUAGUGCU